GGGGUGGGCACGGCGCUCGGCGCGUGCGCGGCGGCGGGGGCGCGGCCAUGGCGGACGCGGUGGUGUUCCGACGCGGCACCGGGCAGAGCGACGACUCGGAUAUCUGGGACGACACGGCCCUCAUCAAGGCGUAUGACAAGGCGGUGGCCUCCUUCAAGAAUGCCUUAAAAAAUGGAGAGUGCUCGGAGACUUCAGACAAGGAGGAGGAGAGCCUGGUGAUAAAGAGAAAAAACCAUAAAAAGAUCAGCAAUAUAAACGAGAGCAAUACAGCGCCUUUGAAACAGUGGAAAGUUGGUGACAGCUGCAGUGCUGUUUGGUCCGAGGAUGGCAAUUUGUAUCUAGCAACUAUUGCCUCCAUCAACCAGAAGAGAGGCACAUGUGUUGUCACCUACACAGGAUAUGGAAAUCAGGAGGAGCAGAACUUGUCUGAUUUGCUUCCUCCAACCAGCGAUGAAACAGUAAAUAGGAUGGGGCAUUCUGGGGAGUCUGGAUCAAAAUUCAAGGCACCUCCAUCAUUAUCUUGCUGGCCCCCACUGUUCCCAGCAGGACCACCAUUGAUUCCUCCUCCUCCACCACCCAUGAGGCCAGACUCUGCUGAGGACGACGAAGCAUUGGGGAGCAUGUUGAUAGCCUGGUACAUGAGUGGUUACCACACUGGAUAUUACCUGGGUUUAAAACAAAGCCGAAUGGAAGCAGCGGAGAGACAAACACAUACAAAGUAACCACAUACCCACCAUUGUUCUGAAGGAUUGUAAGUAUUGCAGCUUUGUGGGAAACGAAGAUACAGUCAAGUUUUGAACUCCCUUCAGAAACCUCUUGGCUUUGGGACUUCCGUCCAGUCUUACGGCUCUCUGAAGAGACUACUUUUGCCAGUGGUAAUCCCUUCUUUGCAGCUGUGGAAUUGUAUUUUUGUAGCUAGAAUGAAGGAAAGUAUUCAUUGCUCUGAUAAGAGUUUUAAUUAGAGCAUCACGAUUAACAGUGCAGCUUAUUAAUGGUUCAUAGUGAGCUGUUCUUGGAACAAAAGGUUGUAAGUGAAAUGCAGUUUUUUCAUUUGUGUUUCCUUACACAGAUGGGAAGGUUGUAGCUAAACUUUGUUUUCAGAACAAAUUCAGUUUGGUAAUGUUGAGCAGUUCUGUUCUCAGUACUUCAGUACCUAUGCUUUUAUUUGAAAUGCUUUGUCCAGAAUUCUCCAGUGUAUUGUUCACUUCCUUAUAAAACAAAACUAUAUUCUCCUGGGGAAUUGUUUUCUGAUUUUCUCUGACAACAUGUAAUUCCUGUGUAAUUUAGUAGUUCUUAUGUGUGUUUAAAAACAAAAAAGCUCCUUUAUGCUCCUUUAUACUAAUUUUUGCUUCUUUUUUAAAGACAGAUACAAAUCUUUUCCACUGAGAGGUGUGUAUCACUUAUGCAUUGGUGGUUGAUGGUGAAGAACUGAAUUUUGUCAAGACAAUUAGUCAUAACAUUUUUGUAACACUGAGCUGUCCCUGUUAACAAAUAAAUAACUUCAGACUAGUAAUUAAAUGUGCAUUGAAAUGAGCUCUUUCUUAAAGACCUCUAGUCAAAUGUAUUUCAAAGUACUGCAGCAACAAAAUACUUUUUACUUCCCUGAGGCAAUUUCAAGUCUUCUUACUACAUGACAGAUUUAACUCUUUUGACCCCAUAUGAUAGAUUUCAUAUAUCUCUCAACAUGUUUUGCAUUCCUCAGACUUUCUGUCAGAAUGGCAGCAACCAGAACAAUUCAUUAUGGAAUCCUCUUAGGAGAGAACUAUGGCAGCAAUGUGUGCUACAGUGGCCACUGGUGGCACUGGCAUGGAAAACAAUGUACUGUCAUAGUAGGAGGGAUCUUACAGGUCUGAUUAGAAUCAUGAAAUAUGACAGAUUUUUUUCAGGAAGGCUAUUGUCUUGUUUCAAAUGUGUGAAUAAAGUUCUACUUCUUAAACUUUGA